GAUAAUGAGGGAACGCCUGUAAAAAGAUAACUUGCUUUAUAUGUUGGUUUCAUCAACUUUUGCACUCAACUAUAGGUUAUAUUACAGCAUUUAAAUGAUGAUAGAUAGAGGAGUUAUUAUCUUCUAGAUAAUCUUGAUGAUAGAUCUUCAGUAGAUGCCUGGAGUGGAGGAUGUGGUGAGAUGAGGGGACCGCACGUAGAUGUACAAGGGGUGGGGAAUUAUUUUCCUUUAGCUAAACAUUUGUAUGAAAUGAGCCAGUAAAACCAUGACAUAAUCAAAUUUAGAUCUUAGAGAGAGAAGAGAUCAGAUCUUCACACAUCUGUUUUGAACAUGAAGCUGAAUUGUGUGUUUUUGGUCCUGGGUGUCGUCCUGAUCAUGGUGCUCUGCUCAGACGCUCAGUCUGAUGCUGUUGCACAGCCUAAGGACUGCUGUUUUAACUUUAUCACUGGCAAAAUUCCUCCCCAAAUCAUCCUGGAGGUUAAAAAGACAGACUCACUCUGUCCACAGCAAGGCUUUGUUGUUACUACGCAUAAGUUCCCCAGCCUGUGUGUUCGUGAGGUAGAAGUCACUGGAUAAGCUACACGUCAA